AUGAGAGUUUGCGAACAAUACAUUGACUUGCUCGAAACAUCAGAGAAUUUUAUUCUCCGAGGUAAAGAAGCCUCUCUUCAAAUCAAUCGCUCCAACAACAAGUUGAGCUUGAUGAAUUCAAAGGAUGUACAGACAGACGCUAAACCUGUACAUAGAGUGAGUGCUGUUUUAGGUUCUAUUCAAUUGUUGGCUGGACGUUAUUUGAUUGUAGUGAAAGAAAGCGUACCUGUGGCCAAGAUUGAUAAGAUCCAUACCAUCUAUUGUGUUUCCGAGGUGAAGAUCAUCCCAUAUUAUCAAAAACCAGUUUCUCCUCAACACUCUGUUGAUGAGAGCAAAUAUUUGGAACUGCUCACUACAAUUUUGAAUGAUGGAACUUUUUACUUUUCAUACACCUAUGAUGCCACCAUAUCAACUCAAAAUUGGUUCCAACUGGCACCAUCAAUGAAUUAUGUUGGCGAAAAGUCUGACGAGCACUUCUUGUGGAAUGGAUAUUUGGCAUCGGAUUUCACAAGACAAGGAGAGGCUGCUCAGGGCUGGUUUGUGCCACUUAUUCGUGGAUUCGUAGAAACCAAGGAGGCCAAGGUUGGUGAUAACACCUUCAGUCUCACUCUCUUAUCGAGAAAGGGUUGUAAGAGAGUCGGAACAAGAUACAAUAUCAGAGGUGCUGACAUACUCGGAAACGUUGCAAACUUUGUUGAGACUGAACAGAUUGUGGAGUAUGGUAACCACUUUAUUUCAUUCAUUCAAGUUCGUGGUAGUAUUCCAUUGAUUUGGUCACAAAAGGCCAACAUUCAAUACAAGCCACCUUUUGUGAUGAAGAAAGAGUCUUCAGGAAAACCAUUCGAGAAGCAUUUCGACCAUAUUUUGGAUCGUUACUCCAAUAUUGUUAUGGUUAAUUUGGUCAAUCAAAAGGGUUCUGAAAAGAAAUUGGCUGAUGAAUACCACAAUCUCUGCAAUGUUUACAACAAGAAAGAAAAGAUUAAGUACAUUGCAUUUGAUUUCCACCAUAAAUGCAAGUCAAUGAACUACAGUGCUAUUUCUGAAUUGACAGACCAAGUUGAACCACUAAUGAAGGAACACCAAUAUUUCCAUAUGAAUACUACUGACGGUAAUAUUUUGAAAUUACAAACCGGUAUCAUUCGUUCCAACUGCAUUGACUGCUUGGAUAGAACUAACGUUUGCCAGAGCGUUUUUGCUAAGAUUGUGUUGACAGAGCAAUUGCAUUCAUUGAAAUUGUUACCAAAUGAACAAAAGGUUACUGACCAUAAGGCAUUGAACCAUACCUUCCAGAACAUUUGGGCUGAUCAUGGUGAUCGGAUUAGUCUUAUUUACGCUGGUACCGGUGCCAUUAAGGCAGAUUUCACAAGAACUGGCACAAGAACAUGGUCUGGUUUGUUGAACGAUGGUGUGAACUCUAUUACCAGAUACUACUUGAAUAACUUCAAGGACGGAAUUAAGCAAGAUUCUGUCAACUUGCUUUUAGGAAAGUACAUUGUCAAGCCUUCAGGAAAAUCUCCAUUUGAGCAAGAAAACCAAUCAAACGUUUUCUUCUCAGUUUUGAAAUAUGGAUUUUUCGUUUCAUUGUUUAUGCUUGCAGCCAGCGCUUCCAAAGUACCAUCAUCGGAAAGUUUAACCACUGGUUUACUCUCUGUCAUAUUCUAUCUUGCCAUCACUGUUGCUAUUUAUUUCCUCUUGGUAUUGAAUGGUAGAAAGAUUGUAAACAAUCCUUGCCUUGUGGAUGACGAAGAAGACCACAAACAUAAAUAA